AUGCUCCUAAUUCGGAGCACCCCGACCCCAACAUGGCAACUAGUAAUCACCCUUCCAUUUGAAGUCCCCGGCACGUCGAUCUCCGCCUCCUCAAAACCUUCUCGCCACGACGCGCUCUGGACAACCCACCCAUCCCGUCGAACACCGUGAUGGAGCUCACGACGGCGCUGCCCGCCUCGCCGCCGCCGCCGCCGCCGCAAGAGGACUUCCGAUUCGACGGCCCGGCGUUCAGCGCCUUCCCGGAGGGGGUGGCGUCGGCUGGCACCAACCCGUUCUUCUCCGCCGACGCCAUGGACUCCAACCCGUUCUUGGCCACGGCGGUGACGGCGCCACCGUCGCCCAACCCGUUCGAGCUCAACCACCAGUCCGCAUCCCCCGGCGCCGCCGACCCGUUCGACCUCUUCCAGCACUUCACCAGCGCGCCCGCCAGCCCGGCGCGCGCCGCCGCCAUAUACGCGCAGUUCGACGGCGGCGUCGGCGACGGGAACGGCGCCGACCACGACAUGGCCGUCGUCGGCGACGACGACGACGACUUCCAGCCCCGCGCGUCGUACUCAUCUGGCACUGCCACCUCCACCGUGCCGUUCGACUGGGAAGAGAAGCCGGGGAAGCCGAAGCCGAAGAGCGAGCUCGCCACCUGCGCAGCCGCCGCGACGUCGGCCAACGUUGGCGAGGUGGACGACGCCGACUUCGACUUCGGCGUCCUCCUCGACAAGAGCGUGCAGGUGCCCGAACUGACGACGGCCGACGAACUCUUCGACAAGGGGAAGAUCCGGCCGCUCAAGCCACCUCCGGGUCUGCUCGACGGCGGCAGCGUCGCGUCAUCGCCACGGUCACCGAUCUCCAAGUCGCCGAUGUGGUCUCCCAGACUACGCGGCAAGGUCGGUUCCGGCGUCGACUUUGAUCCGUUCUCCACCGCCCUGGCGAAGGCAGCCAAGGGCCCCUCCCCUCUCGGCGCCGGCGCCAAAGACACCGCCGACGCCGGAACAGCCUCCUCGCCCAAGAAGCCAGACCCCGUCUCCGUCACGUCGCCGCGCUGCAUUCCUCCGGCGACGAUGAUCAAUGGCGGGAGGAAGAAGUGGCGGCUCAGCGACAUGCUCCUGUUCCGCAGGUCAGCGGCGAAAGCUCGCGCCGCCGGCGCCAACAUCAGCAAGGAGCCGGUGUUCAAGUACUCGCCGGUGCAACAGCUCGGGACGCCGGUCAAGAAGGCGACCGCGGGUCAGUCCGCCGCCGCCAACGGCGAUGUCUCCGCCGGGAAGCACAAGAAGCAGAGCAAGAAGGCUACAGCGGCGGAGGACGGCAUGGCAUCGCCGCACCGGCAGAGCGUGAUGGGGUGCGUCCGGCUGAACCCCGGCCUGCACCGGCUGGCCAAAGGGUUCAACGGCUCGUCGCUGCACUUCGGCCACCGUCGCGCCGCCGCCAGGUCUGUGAUGAACAGGUAAAGAAUCCAUGGCGUUAAUCUCUCGUCAUCCUAGCGAAGAAGAAUUGAUGGAUUCUCCUCCUCAGCACGGCGAUCAUUUUCUUCGAUUUUUAUUGGAACAGUGACAAUGUAAAAUUCUUUUCUUUGCGCCGUUUGGAACGCAGGAAUUUUCGUAUUUACCUCAGACAACUGAGUAGUUUCCUGUUAAAAUCCUGCGUUCCAGACGGGGCCAUAGUGUUUUUUUUUCUUGGUUAGUUUGGUCUUUUGGAUCGAUAUACCGCGAUGUAUUACUACAUUUUGUGUUACACGGUGAUAGAAGAGUUUAUCAUAUGAUUCAUAUGACUUGUUCGACAUC